AUGUAUGUGAAAUGGUUUGAUACAGUAAUGUUUUACUAUGUGAUUUUAGUGAUUUUAGUGAAUGUCACUUUUUGUUAUUUUCAAAUUUCCCGCCUUUCCGUCCCCCGUACGUCCUGACAUCGCAGGGAACGGAACCCAGAUGACAGAUGCCGGCAUCCACCGGAUUACAUUGCCGGGGACACUGCAGGAGCGCAGGACAAGGUAAGUGAUCGAGGGAUCGCGGAGCAGCGCCGCAUGGUAUUCCCGAGUGUAGCUCGGGGUUAUCGCUUGUGCUACACUCGGGAAUACCGCCAGGGAGGUUA